GUUACUUCCACUUUUCUAGCAAUCAAUCGAAUCAAUUGCGUAGCGUCGGAUCGCACAUUCCUUCUUUCUAUCCUUCCUUCUCCCAUCAUAUUCUUUUUUCCAGUGUCGUUGUAGUUUUAAUUCGAUUUAAUUUAUUCCUUAAUACCAUAUACCAUCCACCGUCCAUCCGCCGUCCAUCCACAAUGUCGAUACCCGCCGAUCACUCUAGAGGUAGCGCAUCGCGUCCGCCCAGUAAACCACAAUCGCAGAACCCCAUUCAGAGCAUGCUCUCUCUACCGCCUCAAUGGUUGCAUAUGUAUGGCGACUUCAUCACAAAGAACGCCCAUCAAGUAUCACAAAUUGAGAGUGCCUUGCGGUCUCUAACAUACAUCAUCCCUGGUCGAUUUCGUGAUGCCGAGAUUGCUUCGGAAACCGUGCAUUCUGGUGUUCAACUACUCUCUCUCUAUCACGAUGCCGUUCUUCGAGGUGCCGUUACUAAAAUACCUGGGCUGUCUCCAAAAAUACCGAGCCCUCAUACACGAUAUACCAGAUUCUGGACAGCCAAGAGCAGAUUAUACCGGAGAAUAGCAUUGUUGUUACAGAUAGUGCAAUAUACCGAAUUGUUAUGGGAGAUGGCAGCCAAGAGGAAAGGAGAGAGAAUACGCUGGCGUGUGGUCAUCGUCUUAGAGUUUAUAAAGGCUGUCUGUCGGUUACUACUAAUGAGGGUUACCAAUUCAAGACCACUCGUCACCCCGGCUUUACCUGAACGAGAACCAAUUCCUCCAGAUGUUGACUCGAGCGACGAGGAUACCUUGAAGGAACUGAUGGGCGAGGAUACAACAGAGACAAAUGAGUCUGCUAAGGCCGUUUACGAGCGAGAAUGGACCAUGCCACGAACAGGCUCCAGUCUCCCUAGCUUACCCAAUCCUAGCGAUAUUGGCUCAUACCUAAUGGGCCGGGUUCUAACAGCAGAUGACAUCAAACCUGCGGCGAAACUCCUCAACACGUUAUCUCGCCCUGGCCAGACUGCUGAGAUCCUACACAUCCUUGCCCCCUUGGUAUACGCCAUUGCAUUAUCAAGGAGCAAGAACAAGAAAUCCUGGACGCCCUGGCUAAUUGGCAUAAGCAUGGAAUACGCGGCACGGCAGUUGCGCGAGAGAGGUCUACGCAGCACCGCUCUAGAGAACGAAGAAUGGGGUAAGAGGUAUUGGGCGGCCGGCUGGUGGACUAUGAGAGGUGCUUUCUACGAAAACUUUACGAAGAACGUUAUCGGUGGAGUACGUCGUCGCAUGCCUAGUCUUGUCUCCGGUAUACUGGAGGACUACGAAUACCUUUGGGAGAACUAUUAUUUCAGCACUAGUGCUUGAUGGAUCUGUAACGAGGACUCAACAACUUUACGGAUUUCUGCCGAGGCGAGCAGACUUGUACCAUAAGAUCACCGGGUAAUUUCCAGGACCGCAGUUGGAUUCAUGAGGAGGACAAUUCGGCAGCCCGGCCAACCCCCCCUUACU